UCAGCAUGGUUUUUGCUAAAUUUCCUCUCUCCCCUUACAGUUGUUUUUUCAGCGUUCUUCUGUUACCCACAAAGCAUCCCUCUUCUCCAACCUUCUCCACUUCCAUUGUUUUUCAACCCUUCCCGUUUCUAUGUUCUCAAUAACUCCCUGAUAAUUGCAUUCUAUUCACUAAUUCAACCAUGUCAUCCUUCAAACAUGGUCUUGGUCUCUACCUUCUUCUACUUGUCUUUUCCCACAGCCUGCUUACAAGUCCAGUUGCCUAUGCCUGGUUUGGCCGUCGAGGCUUCUGGUGGAUACCUUGGUGGAGAUGGGGGGAUAAGGAGAAUGAUUUACUUCAUGACAUCAACAUUUACAGAAAAGUUCAGAACCUCCCUAUCCUCGAGGAAAACUACGACGCAUCUUGUUUAGCCAUCAAAUUUGCAUAUGAUUUAAAAGAUAAACAUUGUGAAGACUUUCAUGAUUUUCAUCCUUUACCCAGCAGAAACCCUAGCAUUCCAAACUUCCAAAAGAGUGUUUGGAAAUGUAACAUCACCAUCAACACCACAAAAGAUUGGGUCCUUAUGCGAGUUUGUGUGCCUGGAUUGGACGAAGAUGAUUUGUUUUCUAAUUACACUAGAGAUAGUCACUUUACAGAGUAUUUGAAUAAUUCCAAGUAUACAACAGCAGGGGUUGGUUUUGGUGGUGAUUGGAAUGUUCUUAUAGUUAGUACCAACACAACUUUUUUAGAUAACAACACAACUUUCGUAGAUAUUUCUUCUGCUAGUUAUUUGCUUGAUGGUUGGCUACUGAUGAUGGCUACAUUCUGGAGUGUGUUUGUUUUUCUAUUCAACUAAACUAAUUGUUAUGUUUCUCGUAUGCUGCUUCAUUUGAUGGAA